ACAGUCGUUCUUCUGCCGUUGAAAACUGUAUUCAAAAUUCAGCAAUGUCGUUUUCAAUUGCGCAAUACAUUUUGUUUCUUUUCGAGAUCGGAAUAUGCAACAAAAUAGUAUUUGCACUCACUUUACAAGACAAAGUAGCCUUGUAUGAAAAUUGCACGAUUUUCGAUAAUGGUGACAUGUACGGCGGUCUGAUUUGCGGAGAAGAUGGUAUGACAUAUGCUAAUAGUUUAUAUUUAGAUUGCAAAAAUCAUCAUAGUCGCGAGAUUGUUGCCACGUUGCAUUCUGGUCCCUGCUUGAAAAGUGAAGAAUAUUGCAGCGUUAAUUUACAUUACGAGCCAGUGUGCGGCUCGGAUCGUAAGAUUUACACUAAUAUGCAAUCACUUCUAUGCGUUCGUCAGAAACAGUUAAAAGAUUUGACAGUCAUGUCGAUGACAGAAUGCGAGCAGAAAGACCACUGUUACAGAAACGGCAUUGAACAUUACGGAGUGAAUCCGGUCUGCGCUAGCAACGGAUUCACUUAUCAAAACGUGGCACAACUCAAGUGUCUGCAACGAAAUAAUCCCAACUUACAUAUUGUUCACGAUGGUGGUUGCCGCGUGGAAUUUGUUCGUAAACUUUACGGUGCGUCGGUUUGCAAAGUUGCGAACGUGAUAUACGAAUGGAAUCCUAUUUGCGCAUCGGACGGAGUCACAUAUCCGAAUCCUUUUCAGUUUCUUUGCUAUCAACCACGUUUAAAGGUGAUCUUUCAAGGAGAAUGCAAUACGCACAGCCACGAUUCUUGCGCGGAAAUGCAGAAUACAAGUGCGAACAACACUGCCGAGCAGGUUUGCGGAAAUGACGGUCUGACGUAUCGAAACAUACAUCACUUGCAAUGCCACACUCGUCAAGAUAAAUAUCUUUUCCUGAAACAUCACGGUCCGUGUUCUGGACCGGAUGACCAGCCGUGCGGCUCGAUUCCGGAAGAGGAUCACAGACAACCCGUAUGCGGCACCAACGGCAAAUCUUACGUGAGUCCGGAGGCUCUUUGGUGCGCCAGAUUACGUUCCCCGGAAAGAAGUGAGAGACACACACGUGCAGAUUAUACAGAUAUCGCUUACAAACACGACGGUCCUUGCUAACGAAGAUAUUGUCGAGAAGUCACACGGACGAGUGACGAGUGUAUCUUCAUAAUUCUUUCUCUUCAAGUUUUUCAAAUCUACACAAAUGAAUAGAGACAGAAACAAUUUUAUAUAUGUAAACAUUGAAAUAUAAAACUUUAUAUAGAAUGUAGAAAAAUGUAAAAUGUAGAAGAAAAUAUGUUUAAACUGAUAACAGAUAUGUAUGUCACAUGUAUAACACAGGUACAUGAAGUUUUUUUAAAAUUU